UCUUGGGUGCUACAUGUAUUUCUUUUGUUAUUUGUUUUCAUAUCUUGCUUUGGUAAGGUCCUAUUUGUCCUUUUAUGGUUUCUUCUUUGUUCUCUCACCUACUUUGAUAUUUUUAUGCUCGAGUUAAGUAAUUAUACCGAUGAGUUACUGAGGUCACUCUCAGGUUUCAAUGGCCUUACCUCCCUUUGGCUUUACGCUGGCGAUGUAGACCUGACAUCCUUCCCGGUGGGAACAUUGUCUUCUCUUCGGACUCUGCGGAUAUAUAGUUCCGAGGUAUUGAAGGAAUUACCAAAUGAACUCUUCAAGAACCUCAACAAUUUGGACCAUCUGCAAAUCGUUUAUUGUAGGAAGCUGGAGUCUUUACCAGAGCAAGGGUGGGAAGGUCUCCGCUCCCUUCGAACUCUGCAGAUUUGGGAUUGUGGUGAAUUGAAAUCCUUGCCGGAUGGUGUUCGACACCUCACUUCACUCCAGCUUUUGAGUAUUGCGUUCUGCCCAGCAUUAGCCGAGAGGUGUAAAGAGGGAACAGGGGAGGAUUGGGACAAGAUAGCGCACGUUCCCAAUUUGAUUUGAGUGGGUGUGCUCUAUAUUCAUGCUGUAUGUUGUUUGUUUAGUAUGAUUAGAUUGAAAUUUGAUGAUGUAUAUUGCUCUGUCACAACUCAUUGAUUUGUUGAAACUUGAAUUAAACUUAAUGAAUGUUGCCGCAAAUUUUUCUUUA